UGAUAACCAUCUGUUUAAUAAGUAAAAAGCUGCUAACCGCGGAAGUCCAACAGUUUUUUCCAAACAUGUAAAACUCUACCAUCAUACUAAUAAAAUAACAACUCAAAUAAAUCAUCAAUAAAAUUUGAAAGCAUUUGGUACGCAAAAAUAUGGAAGUGAACGAGAGUAGUGCUAUGCCACAAAAUCACACACAAAACACUUUUCUGCAUUCACUUGUGGCAGGUGGCGUUGCUGGUGUUGUUGUGGACAUUGCACUCUUCCCCAUCGAUACAAUAAAAACUCGAUUGCAGAGCGAAUUGGGUUUCAUACGUGCCGGUGGUUUUCGUGGCAUUUAUAAAGGUUUAGCACCGGCAGCGGCUGGCAGUGCACCAACUGCAGCGUUGUUCUUUUGCAGUUAUGACAGUUUGAAGCGAUAUUUAAGCAAGACAACCGGUUUAAAUAAUUCGCCAUAUAUACAUAUGGUGUCGGCUUCGUGUGCAGAAAUUCUAGCAUGUCUUAUACGUGUACCCGUAGAAAUCGCUAAACAACGACGACAAACAAUUGGCAAUACACAAAGAACAACUGCACUGCAAAUUCUAUGGCGCGCAUACAAAACAGAGGGCUUACGACGUGGUCUAUAUCGUGGCUAUGGUACUACAGUGAUGCGUGAAAUACCAUUUAGUUUAAUACAAUUCCCACUUUGGGAAUACUUUAAACUACAUUGGACUGACGUCACUGGCAUAGAAUCAACACCUUUCACUGUCGCAUUGUGUGGUGCAGUCGCGGGAGGAAUUGCAGCCGGUUUAACCACACCACUUGAUGUGGCCAAGACACGUAUCAUGCUCGCACAACAAGGCACUGCAACGAAGAAGUUGAAUGCACGCAUUGUGCUAAAAACUGUUUAUAAAGAGAGAGGUUUUUCGGGAAUCUUUGCAGGUUUUACACCACGUGUGCUCUGGAUAACUUUGGGGGGUGCAUUCUUUUUUGGAUUCUACGAUCUCACCCUAAGACUAUUAGGUGGUAAUUCUGAAUCGGAAAAAGUAAAUUUUUAGCAUUUAAAUGCAGCAAAAUUUUUAGGCGAUCGACUAACACACAUAUAUCACAUACUCAAACUCAAUAUGUAUUUGAUUAGUUAUAAGACAAUAUAUGUAUUAUUUCAAACAUUUGUUUUUAAUAAUUUCGGAUUUUCUUGUUGGAUAUGUCGCUAAGAUAAUAAAUUAAUUACUUUCAAUA